CUACGCUCACUGGGAGGUGCUGGAAACAAGUAUGGGGUUGUUAUAUUCAUCGUUUUAGUUGAUGCGGGGGGGGAAAUAAUCGCAUGCCAUAGCACAGUUGUUAAAUGAUUGGUUAGAAUUGCUUGUCAUAUCCUACUUCAAACAAAUUUCAUUGUCACUGAGUAACACAAUGGAUGUUAUUGAGACGGUUGUAACAGAGAGUAUUGAAGUAGAUGAAACUCCAACGGUGUCCAGUUUGGAUCCAGAUAAAUCGAAAGCAGAGUUUGUAUGGACUUUACAAGCCACAUGGCAACUUGUCCAAACCCGCCUCGAAAUGGACCAGGAUUUUGACCAGCCAGUGUGCAAGAAAAAGAAACUGUGGGAGACAGUGGCUGAGAGAGUGACUGCCAAGCUAAGGGCAGCUGGGAGCACAGAUGUCACAGUCAAGGCCUAUGAGUGUGAUCUGAAGUGGCGUAACAUGUUGGCCACAUACAGGAAAAACGCUGAGAGGUCCAAGAGACUGGGGGCCCACAGUGUCCACUGGGAGUUCUUCAAGGCCAUGCAUGAGGUCCUGGGGAAGAGUCGGGAGGAGAUCGAGGCACAGCGCAGGUCCAAACUCAACGGGACCAAGCUGGGCAAGGCUAUUGCCAGCAAGCGGUUUACCCCCAUCCUCCCUACACCCUCCCUGACAGCUGCCCCCUUUGCUUCCAGGCCCCCCCAGGAUGUCCUGCAGCUGUACAUGGAGCUGCAGGAGAGGAAGAUGAACAUGUGGGCCCAGCAGAAGGCCCUGGAGGAGAGGAAGAUAGAGGCCAUCAAUAAUCUAGCCCGUGCAAUCUCCAGUUUGUCUCACAGUCAAAACAACAGUUUCCAGCUGCCAGAGUAGCAGUACAGCACACCAGAGCAAAGGAGUUCUCACUGAACU